AUGCCUGAGGGUGAGAGCAGACUGUUGAUCUCAAAGAGGAGGGGGGGGGACAGGGAUCAGAGGGGAACAGGGAGAGAGGGGAAAAAACAGAUUCAUUUCUGUGACACUAUCUACGCUAUCGAGGACUCCAUGAACACGGAUUGCAGGAGAGAGGUUACUGCCGCGUGA